AUGCGUGUCCCCUGGAUGGCCUAUCUGGCUGCUGGUGGACUUGUUGGAGAAGUGACUUCAGCCCUCUUGCCUCGGAACUUGCCGUCUGGCGAACGUAGCAUUGGGUAUGAGACGGUAGCAACGACUGAUGCCCGCCAUAUCACUCUGCAUAUGAAGCAUGCUACAAAGGAGGCAUUCGUUCCCUUUCAGAAUGUCACUGUCCCUACCCAAACUGCGACGAGUAGCCACUUCGAUAUCACCAGCACCAUCGAUGAACCCGUUUACUCGACGAGUUAUAUUUCCUACACCAAAACACUCUCUUUGGUUGAAAAUACUGCUCAUGGGGAAAAAAAGGCGACCGCCGCAGGUAACUCGGGCGCCACAGACUUGGUCUCUAUAACUAUUGUGGAGAAAGAGAAAUAUUGCUCUAACCUGGAGACCGUUACAAUUACUGUUACGGAAGUGGCUACGAAACCCAUCAUCACCACUAGUGGGCGACCAACCUUGUCAACUCCCGCCGUGAGCGAACCAAGCCCCACGGCCGGGUCCAUCAUACGUAUCCCCAAAUUCCUUAAAGCUCAGGCAACACAGGCUGCAGCAGGACCUCAUUUCAUCGGCCCUGGUCCAGGCGGGUGGAACGCUUCCACAUUUUUCACAGUAUCGACAAGCGAUGUCCACCAAACCGAGUCACCUGGAUAUGAGGUGAAGCAUGCGGCAACCGCAGUUCCUACUCAUCCUAUACGCCCACGGGUAUAUGAACGCCAUUUUGGAGAAACGAUUACGGCAACUAUCGCCGAAACAAGCCAAACAGUUCAAUCUCGCACAGGUGUGGUCGAUACUGCACCCACUUCUUGUGGAGAAACCGGUUACUUUACGAUAAACUUCGAUGACCUCCCAGCAUACUCGCCUGGCAAAAAUCAAAAAGCUGCGUACCCGCCCAUCUUCGGUCCUUACCACCACUUUUUCUUCUCCAGCGGUUGGUCAUAUGGCCCUCCUCCAACCGAGCCGUUUGCGCCAGUAUCAAAUCCUCAUAUCGGGAUAUAUGUUCCAACAGAAAAGAAGGGGGCCGAAGCACGGCCUAAGGGGGAAUUUGGUGCCGGACCCCGUGCUGCCAAUGAAUUGUUUUGGUUCGAUGCAUUUACAACCCACGCCGGUUGCGAUAACGGGAAUAGCACGAAAUCUUGCGAGUUAACUGUGAAGGGGCUAAAAUACUCGACAGAGUCCGACACGGAGAUCCCUUCUGGGACAUCUAAAUUUGUGAUUCCUCCUUGUGUUGGGCUCAACCGCUGUAACUUAACCCAGAUCAUAUUCGGGGAUGGGUUCAGCGGAUUGUCAGGCAUGGAGAUCGAAGCGCGGGUGGCUGGUAAAGCUGUCAUGUGGUAUAUUGAUGACGUGAAGCUGAGAUGGCAUGAUGAUACCUGCGCCGCCGGAAUCAAGCGCCAGCGUUCGCGUUUCUGA